AUGGCUCCCUCCCGAAAAAUCCUCUUCCUCACAAAUAGCGAACUAGGCCAAUGCAAUGUCGCUAUCGCAGUAGCCGAAGAAUUCCUACGCCGCGGCGAAUUCGCCGUGCAUCUUGGCUCAUAUAGCCCGCUGGCAGCACUCGUGGACGACUUGAACAAUCGCGUUAACUGCGGUCGCUCAGCGGAAUUCCAUGAAAUCCCGGGUCCUUCCAUGACAGACCUAGCAAUUCGCAGUAAAGUUGGUCUUCUUUUUCAUCAGCCGGGUGUGAAAGGUGCAACGCAGGGGUUUGCGAAGGUCGCUACUACUAUGAAGAACUGGAGGCCGCUGGAGUAUCGCAAGGCGUACGAGAGUUGCAUAGCGAUGAUUGAGAAAUUGAGACCGGAUGUCGUGGUGGUAGAUCCUAUUUUGCAUGUUGGGUUGGAUGCGUGUCGAACGGUUAAACCGGCUCGAGUGGUUAUACUUUGGCCUGUUCCUCUUAAGGAUGUGGUUAUCGCUAUUCAGCCUAUGGCUGGGAUAUUUUGGAAGUACCCUGUUACGGGAUCCGGGUAUCCUUUUCCACUGCCAUGGAAACUUGUUCUCAAAAAUAUCUAUCUGGUAUUCCGCGUGAUAAUUACGCUGGCGACGGGGAAAUCAGAAACCGAUGAACGCCAAGACGGCAAAAAACCACAAGGACGAAGUCCAUUCCCCCUGGUGAACGCAUAUUCAAAGGAAUUCUUAUGCGUAACACCCGCGUUGAAGGAACUCGACUUUCCAUUGCAUGUCCCAGAUAACGUGAUCAGUUGUGGUCCGAUUCUUCGACAAUGCCCACCUCUAUCCACGUCUGACCCUGGGCUGGAGGCAUGGCUCACGAAACCGACUGUCUUGAUUAAUCUAGGGUCACACGUUCGACCGUCUGAAUCCAUUGCGAUUCAGAUGGCGAAGGGAGUUCGGACCGUUAUCGCCAAACGCCCCGAUUUGAAGAUUAUAUGGAAGCUUAAGUACGAUUGGGAGACUUCGAAUGAGUUCCAAAAGGUUCUGGGCUCAGCUAUCGCUGCUGGAUCGGCAAAAGUGGUGUCCUGGAUCCAGGCGGAUAUCAUGUCUGUAUUGGACACUGGCCGGAUCGCCACGUAUGUCCAUCACGGAGGAGCCAAUUCCUACUUUGAAGCAUGCAAGGUCGGUGCUCCUCAGGUCGUGCUUCCCCAGUGGCUUGACACCUAUGACUGUGCAACCAGGGUUGAAUGGCUUGGAAUCGGACUGAACGGCAGUAGAACUGCAGCACCCGGGGUCGAGGCAGGGGAAUUCUCGAAGGCUCUACUGGACGUUCUGAGUGAUGAAGAGAUUCGCGCCAGGUCGGCUGCAGUAAAGAAUCUUUGCAAGGGGGAGGGACGUAUAGAGGCACAUGACCGCAUUGUCGAAUUUUGUUUGAAUGAGUAG